CGGGGAGGCAAAGCUAACGUGGCCGCGAGAGCUGCGCCGGCUAGGCCACCGCCUCCUAUGGUUAAGAAUUUUGAUCGAAUAAACAUUUUUAAUUUGACUUAUAUGCUUAUUUUUCUUCCUAAUCUACGCAAACCGCUUCGAAAUUCGAUGGAUUAAACCGGACAAAGGUAAAAAACGUCGAAAAGUAAGUUAUUAUUCAAAAUAUCUCGAAAAAUUAUGGUACAAUAUUUCUGAAAACCUACUCAAAUAUGGAAAAAUAUAUGCUGAUUCCGGAUUGAAAAGUCUUGAACCUCAAUCUCGCGUAUUUCUUAUUGAGUUUCUCGAUUUUAGUGAAAAAUUCGAGAAAUUCAGUGCAAUUUCGAAUUAAAAAUUAAAUUUUUCCAAAAAUUAUGGUACAAUAUUUCUGAAAACCCACUCAAAUAUGGAAAAAUAUAUGCUGAUUCUGAAUUAAAAAGUCUUGAACCUCAAUCUCGCGUAUUUCAUAUUUAGUUUCUCAAUUUUAGUGAAAAAUUCGAGAAAUUCAGUGCAAUUUCGAAUUAAAAAUUAAAUUUUUCCAAAAAUUAUGGUACAAUAUUUCUGAAAACCCACUCAAAUAUAGAAAAAUAUAUGCUGAUUCUGAAUUAGUAACAUUUGAAACUCAAUCUCACGUAUUUCAUAAUUUUUUUUUCGAUUUUAAUGAAAAAUCUAAGAAUUCAGUGCAAUUUUCGAUUUUUUUUCAAAAUAUUUUCUCUUAAUGUUUUUAUAAUUUCCAGAUAUUACGUUGUCGCUGCAUUGGAAGAUUUCAAGACAAAAUUCGAAAUAUAUGCGAACAAGAAGAAGCUGUUCGAAGUAUUAAUAAGGAAGGUUAAGCAGCAAUAAGUGCUCUUACAAGGGCUCAAGUGCCGCAGAAGAAGCCAAAGAAAGUAGGACUGCAAGGUCAACUGCUCAAUCAGCCACUAUUUAAGAAGAAACUACAAGUCAGAUCGGUCCGAAGGCAAUCAAAAGUUCCAAGCAGAAGAAGUGAAGCUCAUGGAAGAGGUUGGAAAGCACAAGUCUGAAGUUCAUGAAGCACUCGGCGAUUUGGUGGAUACAAGAUGUGUGAUCGAAAAUUUCAAAAAAAUCUGAUCAAAAUCUUUGAAGCAAUUCCACUCAGCAACCAGAAUAUUGGAUUCGUUUCCGAGGAUAAGUGCAAUGGUGAAGGAGCUUCAACAUCGUUCAACGAGGAAGCCGUUUUCAUGCCGUACCUCAAUGAUCCUGUUCAAUUCCGUAAAAAAAAGUUCGUCUUAUUGCAAAGGAGCAAAACUUCGAUGGAAUUCUUGAGGUGUUACUUAUUUUUUAAUUUUUAAAAAUUAAAAAUUUCUAAAUUUCCUAAAAAUGCGACACGCUUCGUGAGAGGACCCUCGCUGAAUUGGGAGCCCGACUCGUGAAUCGAAAGUAUCAAACCGUUGUGAAACUCUUCGAUCGUGCCACGUUGCUCGGUAGCAUGAUCAGAAGGACGCCGAGAAGAAGUGAUAGGAUAAGGAGACGACUGCCAAGAAGAUCAAGCCAUGCUUGUUCUUUCUAAUAAUGUUUUUUAUAUUCCGUUCCUGUUCAGAUUUUUAUUCACCCCUCCCCAUUCGGUUAAUGUUCUUCUCUCUCAUUUCCUUGUUCAGCAUAUUUACUUAGUAUCCCUCUCUGACGAGUUUUAUAUUGGUUUUCGAGACAAUGAAUGUUUUAAACGUUAUAUUGAUGUUAUUAAAUGUGUUAUUCAGUCAAUCGGAAGAAAAACUAGA